AUGGCCUUGCUGCCGCUGCCAUCCCUCAACUCCUUCUCCAGCGAGCCCCGUGGCCGGUCUGCAUCGCCCUUGCCGGACUCCAUCCUUGCUCCGCCGCCACCACGCUCGACCCCAAGACAUGAGGUUGUUGGUGGUGGUCCGGAUCCAGCGCCUCCGGGCUCGCCGACGCCGGUUCUGACACAGCCGGAGCAGAGCGCGGCGGUAGCUGGGGAAAUCGAACAUUUUUAUGACGAAGGGGGGAGCUUGGGGAGGCAGGCGAGUGGCAGCUGCGGCGGUGGAGCAGGAGGCAGCUGCAGCAGGGGAGCGGGGAGCGGGGGAGCUGCGGCGGCGUGGAGGAGCGAAGCUACGGCGGCGGGGAGCAGCGGAGCUGGGGAUUCUGUCGGAGGAGCAAGACGAGGAGCGCGGGUUCGAAAAGGUAGUGGGUUUACGCGUGGCCACGGGAGAAAGGUCCUGUCCUCUCUCUCCGGGGACUUCGACGGCGAAGAAGAAGAAAAGGAAGAAGAAGAGGGACGCAGCGAGCACCUGCCUGCCUGCGGCGGCCAGGCGCUAGGGGAGCUGCGUCCAAGGCUCUGA